GCUCUGCUCACACAUUCUGAGCUGGCCCUCUGCCCUCUGGGAUCAGUGCCCGGUGUAGGAUUGGGGGCAUGUUUCCACCUUUGCCAGGGCCACAGGCACCACGGCCCUGUGGGGCCUCUGUGGCGACAGGCUCUUCCCUUCAGCUAUUGCUUUGCUCUGGGGUGGGGUGGGGAACAUAGGGCAGGAAACCCUACCCUGCAGGCAGCCAGCGGUGCGGCUGGGACCUGUGUUGGUGUGUCUGGGCCUUGGGCACAGCACACGGCCCUAUCCUGAGCCCCCUGCCCUGAUGGUGUGCACCUAUGAUAAUGGCGGCCUCUCGGGGCCCUGGCCUCUCCUCGCCUCCUCCAGGGGUUUUCUGGCCUCUGUGGAGCUCUCUUCAUCGCGUUUGGGAUCCUGGGGGCGCUGGCUCUCGGCCCCUACGUGGACCGGACCAAGCACUUCACUGAGGCCACCAAGAUCGGCCUGUGCCUGGUCUCUCUGGCCUGCAUGGCCUUUGCCCUGGUGUCCCUGCUGCAGGGACAGGCCCUUGCCCUGGCCACCACCUGCUCGCUCCUCGGGCUCUUUGGCUUCUCGGUGACCCCCGUGGCCAUGGAGUUGGCAAUCGAGUGUUCCUUCCCCGUGGGGGAGGGGGCUGCCGUAGGCCUGAUCUUUGUGCUGGGCGUCUGUGCUGCUGAUGGCCGGCCUGUGCAACCUCUUCAGCUGCAUCCUGGUACUCUUCUUCCACACCUCACACCGGCGCCUGCAGGCAGAGUCUGCCAAGUCCUCCUCCACCCAGAACGCGUGCCCAGGCGCCGAGGACCAGGAGUCCCCGCCGGAAACUACCCCUUGAGGCCCCAGCAUGGCACUCCCAGCUUGGAAGCUCAGGGCCAGCUCAUUCCUGGAGCCGCUUCUCUGGGCCCUGCCACCUCCUCCCAGAGCCCCAAGAUGCGGAGACUGACCAGGGACGUGUGGUGAAGGGGAGGCAGGCUCGGGUCACCCGGGCUGUGCCCACCACGUCAGACAGCUGGGCGGAGGGACCCAAGGCGUUCGGCGCACCAGGGCCUGGGGAGAGCCCCUGGGCCCGAGACUGAUGCGCGGCUGAGCGAGAGGGCUACUGCUGUGUGGACCCGGACCAGGCAGGGCGGCCGUGGGCGGCGCAGACUCAAGGCGGGGUGUGGACCGAGGGGGAGCGGGAAGGGCUGGGGUCCUGGGGCCCAGCAGGGCGA